CAAAUCUUUUUUUAUCGACUUCUCAGACAUCUUCCAUAACAAUCUUUUUCACUCCCUUCCUUCGCCUUGGUUAGUUUUUCUUGUCAUUGAUCGACACCGGCCAUCACAAUGGGCAGUAUCGGACCUGUAACCGAUUCUAUUCAGCAAGAUCUCGAGCAACUUAUCGUUGCUAGCAGAAGAUAUCAAGAGCAACCACCAGGUCUCGACAGCUAUGAGGCGAGAGGCGACCUCCUGGUUAAAGCAACUCGCCUAGUGCACACCAUCCGAGGCCCGGCAGACAUGCUUUUUGGACAAUUCGAGAAUAUGACCAAUAUGGGAGCAAUCCGAACGCUGCUUGAGGCUGGCAUUUUUCAUGCCAUUCCGACUGGAGGGAAGAGCGCUUCGGCUACAGAAAUUGCAGCAAAGACUGGAGUGGACAAGAAUAUUAUAGUACGACUCAUGCGUGCAGUCACCCCAUCGGGACCAUUCCGUGAAGUCGCCGAAGAGGAAUAUGCCCACACCCCCUUUUCGGAAAUCUACUUGGUUCCCCAAAUGGCGGCAGUGUAUAACCUCAUGAUGGACGAAUACUCCCCCGCCAUGCUCCGAAACCACGAAUUCCUCCAGCAACACUCCUGGCAAAACAAAUACGGCGUGCGCCACAACCCUUACUCCCUAGUCCAUGAUUGCGAAGGCAAAACCAUCUUCGAGCACAUAUCUGAGUCCCCGAAGCGACUUACCCGCUUCAACGACGCGAUGCGGGCAGCGGAUUCGGCGCUGGUGACCAUUGGUCUCUACCCUUUUGUGGAGGAAUUGGGUAGUCUAGCCAGUAACGACGGGGUCACUGUUGUUGAUGUGGGUGGUGGUCGCGGCCAUAUUCUUCGGCAGAUUAAGCAGAGCGCACCCGAGCUUAAGGGGAGGUUUAUUUUGCAGGACCAGGCGGGUGUGCUUGAGGAUAACGGGAAGGAGAUGGAAAAGGAUGGGAUUGAGGCUAUGGCGCAUGAUUUCUUCAAGCCCCAACCGGUUAAAGGCGCCCUGGUAUACUAUGUCCGGCGUUGUCUCCACGACUGGCCCGACGAGCCUGAAUCCCGCCAAAUUCUCCAGAACCUCGCUGCGUCCAUGGACAGCGAGAAAUCCCGAGUCUUGAUUACGGAGUAUAUCGUCCCGGAGGUCGGGUCGACGAUGCCCAUUGCGUGGAUGGACCAUAACAUGAUGACUUUUGGGGGCGUGGAGCGCACGGAGAAGGAUUGGGUGAGGCUUCUUGAUGUUUCGGGGUUGAGAUUAGUUAAGAUGUGGAGGGCUAAGGGGGUGCCGGUGGGCGUUGUUGAGGCGAGGUUGAAAUAGCGUCUUAUUUAUCCGUUAGGAUAUAUUUGCCGUGAAUGAAAUGUGCAGUCCGCUUGUAUCCAAUUAUCAAGGAUCAUAUCCCACAUUCUUUUAACAGGAACCUACAUCACACCUCAAGCCACAUCUCAAUCUCCUCCACCUGUAUAUCCAUCUCCCAAUCUCCCCUCUAAGAUGUCGCACCAUAAAUAUCAUUCCCAAAAGAGACACUAUGAGAGACUGUCAUCCGCUUAAGCUCCCUCUCCAACACUAAAGCCACUCCAUUCCCUUUCUCUCCGAAAAUAAGGCUCCCGUUCUCGUUGGGUUCAAACCCUGGC